UCGAACAGGUUUAGUCCAUAUCUAGCGUCAAUGUGCUGCCUGGUAGCGUCCCACAGUUCUGCGUAUAAGCCUGUUUUUGUGUAUCCCUGGGCCGUGGAGGGCCGGGCCAUUUUCUUCAGGUCGCGAUUGAGGUCGUUGGCGUAUCGUAACCGUUCCUCUACGUUGCCAUUGUGCUCAACAGUUUCUCUCUUAGCAAUCCAGCCCUCUAGUGUCUCGAACGGGUGCGAGUACAAGGUCUCCACCGCGUCCGGCGGGGUUUCUCUAGUCGCCACUGCCUGUGCCGCCUCAUCGGCUUUCUGAUUUCCUACGCACGUAUCUGCUUGGUGUGAACGGACGUGAUAGAAGUAUGUCUUCAGACCUGCCAACCCACGUUGGGCCAGUAUGUCAGUGAUGGCCCCGAACAUUUCGCGAUGUUUGCUGACGUGUAGCGACUCGGGCUCCAGAAUGGCACGGCGAAGGAUAAGCAGGCUGACAAGGCUGUCGGUGUAAAUCCGCAGGAGAUGGAGUCCGCGCCGGUGGGCGGGGAGCUCCAGCGGCUGACCUAGGCCGGAGGCCAUGGCGGCCCACGUGUGUGCCGGUCGGAUAUGUCCCAGGGCGUGGACCAGUGGGUGCUGGAGCCAGGCCGUGUAACCACUGGUUUCGCCAUACGGCACGACCACGACUGACAAAUGUGGAGCUUGCGCUGCCGCUGCCUCAGCGCUGGCGACCGCCCAGGCCAUUGCCAGGAGUUGGUGUCAAUGGUGCAGCACCGGAGAGUGGCACGUUUUCGUGCGGCCAUGCUGGGUGCUGGGUCCCGCCACCGGCCCUGGCGCUGCUUGCUGGUCUGGCGCUUGGCUGCGCGGUCGCGCGGUUCCCUCUCUGCGCGGCUGCCGGUGGGAGGCCCCUCGCCGGCGCUGCGUGGACUUCCAAAGACGGCCGCGCCGGGGCUCCGGAGGGCCUCGGAGGUGUCGACUGCUGCCAGCGCUCCAGUAGAGAGGUGAGAGUGCGUUGGGGUAUAGGUUUAGGCAGGUCGCCAGCUGUCCGAAGGUCUGUCUUGGAGACGCCAUUGGGUAGGGCUCGGUUGUGCAGGGGGAGGGGUUUAGUACCGGCGGUCGGCUUAGGUUGUGUGUCUGCAAGUUUGCAUAGGGUACAUAGGGCGUGAGUGAAGCGGUUCAGGGCGCGCCUGUGCCGGUCUUUUACCCGGCCUUUUGGAAAUCGCCGAUCCAGCUGUACAGUGUCAAUGAUGUGCCGUCCCGUAUUUGCGUCCACCAGGUCGGCCAGGUUCAAGCCAAGGUCUAUUGUCAGGGGGCUGAUCCAGUCAGCUCGCAGGUAAGCGGGCGUGCUCGCCUCAGCGGCUCGGAGUUUGGACACUAGUGUUGGUAGGGCGGCUGCAAAUUCCUUGCCUUGCAGCAUGGCCAGCAGGUCGUGGUCUUGAAGGAGGCGGGAGGUCGCUCCCCGCCUGCGCCGCUUGGAGGUGGAGGAGGCGGCGCGUAAUUACGCCUAGCCUGCCGUUAUCGUUCAGCGAAAUCAUGAGCAGUCUGGAGGCGCGUUGUACAUACUCUUCGCGGAGCGAGCCUAUUCCUAGGCCCCCCAUCUCGGCAGGCAGAAGGAUGGCGCGGGUGGCGCAGUCGCGUGGUAGGCCGACGCACCGACGGGUGAUACCCGCGAUUUGGGCGUCCAGUGCCCGGAUAUCGUGUUGCGUGUAUGCCAUGGCUGGGAGGGAGUAAGCCACUUUUGCUUUGAGGCAUUGUUUGAUGAGCAUGUAGCACUGGCGAGGGAGUUUUUUGUACUUGCUCAGCUCUUCGCCGGACGGCACCCGGUGCAGUACCGUACCGGUAUCUUGUAGAUGGCUUUAGGCCCCCGGCGUCUACACAGCGUAGAUGACCCCGCCCGCGCCAUCUGCGCCCAGAACAUUUUCCCUAGGGGCACGCCCCCCAAACCCCCAGAACAUCUACGCUUCCUGCUGUCUAAGAUACUGCCAAAUC